AACUAUCCUUAAACGUGCUGCUUCAUUGACAAUGAAAAUGUCAAGAACAGCAACCUUUCUAGCUGGGCUUCUAUCCAUAGUCAUUCUCAUAAUUACAAGAUGUGAAGCUCUGGCUUCAGUACCAUGCUCCACAGUUAUUGAGGAGGUUGCACCUUGCACUAGCUUCUUGCAAGAAAGCACUAAGAAGCCCUCUCAGGCAUGUUGCAGUGGCGUCAAGAAAGUAAGUGGUGAGGGUGUUACCAAAAAAGAUCGAGCAGAUAUAUGCCAGUGCCUCAAGGAAGGACUGGCUUUGGUUGGAAAUUAUGAUCCUAAUCUUAUACCUCAACUUCCCAAAGCUUGUGGUCUGUCUGUUAAACUUCCUCCCAUUGAUAAGAAAACUGAUUGCUCCAAUGUAAGCUUUAUGAUGUGAAUGCUUACUUUUGUGGUGCUACUAAUGGAAACGUGACCGGGAAAAGUUACUAAGGAAGUUGAAAAAUAAAUUGCCAACCAGGAUUGUACUAUGGGCCAUGAAUAAAUAAAAUACAUUUUAUAUGUACAAAAUCUAUUUUUAUU